AUGUCAGUAUUGAUUGUGUAUGUUGAUGAUAUCAUUGUCAUUGGCAACCAUACUGAAGAAAUGAUUCUAAUCAAGGAAAUGUUGGCAAAAGAAUUUGAAGUCAAGGAUCUUGGUGCACUCAGUAAUCCCAGCAAAACUCCAAUCAAGCUCGGAGACAAGAGAAAAAUGUUUGAAGGAAGUUUAGUUGACAGGGGAAGGUACCAACAGCUAGUCAGAAAGCUUAUCUACCUCUCACAUACCAGACCUAAUAUUGCCUUUGCAGUAAGUCUGAUCCGUCAAUAUAUGCAUGAUCCAUGUCAAAGACAUCUCAAUGUAGUAUACAGAAUUCUGAGGUAUCUAAAGGAAACACCAGGAAAAGGUCUUUUCAUCAAAAAGACAACUGAGAUGAAGGUUAAAGUAUUCACAGAUGUAGAUUGGGUUGGGUCAGUUGAUGAUAGAAAUUCUACAUCUAGGUAUUGCAUAAUUAUAUUGGGUGAUGUGGUGACAUGGUGA